CCUCCAUCUAGGGAUCGCCCAUGAAUACUUCCAAUAUGGAGAUAAUACGGGAUCAUCUGGAGGAGAAUAGUAAGACACAUGAAUUGAGAGCAAAGAGCACAAUUACUUAACACAUUGACAUUCCUAAAUACAAUUCGAACAUUUACACAUCUAACUGCCAAACAUCAUUCUCAUCAUUGUUAUCGACAUCAUGGCCACCGUCCAAGUUGAAUCUGUUCAGCCUGUCCCCUCACACAUGCGAUGUGUGCCGGGGUCCGUCAACAUCAAGGUCGCCAAAUUCCCUAAUCCAACAAAAUACAUCGAGGAUCUCGACCCCUCCAAGAUAGCCUCCAAUCUGGUGGAAAGCUUCAACAAAGCACUGAACAAGCAAGACUAUUCGGCUAUAUCGAGUCUUUUUGCAGAAGAUAGCCAUUGGCGUGACCACCUUGCUCUUUCGUGGGCCUUCCGUACUAUUCAGACGCCUUCACGUAUACUUGAAUUUCUGCAGAGUUGUGCAGAAACCAGGGACGGGUUUCGACUAAAAUCUUUAGAUGUCGACGCCAGCACAGCAGUCAAAAGCCCAAAGAUCGUUCCCGUCGAUGCAACUGGGAACGUCAGCGGUGUUCAAUUCUUCAUCAAAACGACCACUGUUCUUGGAGCAGGUGUUGGUCUCAUGCGUCUUGUGGAGCAAGGGGGCCAGUGGAAGAUAUUCACAUUAUACACCAGACUCAAUGAGCUCAGCGGACAUGAGGAGGUAACCAAUCAUCGUCGAGCCAAAGGUGCUGAACACGGCGGCAAACCUGGUAGAAAGAACUGGGCGGAGAAGAGAGCGGCUGAGGCUAAUAUCGACGCUGGGAACGAGCCGGCCGUCCUAGUGAUUGGUGCUGGUCAAGCUGGAUUAACGGCCGCGGCGAGGCUUAAAGCGCUUGAUGUAGAUACCCUUGUUAUAGAUCAAAAUGAGCGCGUGGGUGACAACUGGCGAAAGCGCUAUCACCAACUCGUCCUGCACGAUCCAGUCUGGUAUGAUCAUCUACCAUAUCUCAACUUCCCCGCACAAUGGCCCAUCUUCACGCCAAAAGACAAACUAGCUCAGUUCUUUGAGUCUUACGCCACUAUCCUCGAACUCAAUGUGUGGACAAGGACGGAACUUGUUUACACCGAAUGGAGCGAGGACAAACAGAUCUGGACUGUAGUCGUCAACCGAAAGCGCGAAGACGGCACAAGUGACAUCCGGACUUUUCACCCUCGUCACAUCAUUCAAGCUACUGGACACUCUGGCAAGAAAAAUCAGCCGUCCAUGAAAGGUGUCGAAAAUUUCAAAGGUGAUCGCCUGUGUCACUCGUCCGAGUUCCCUGGAGCUACGGAGAACAGCCAUGGCAAGAAGGCUAUCGUGGUUGGUUCUUGCAACUCGGCCCAUGAUAUUGCGCAGGACUUUUUGGAAAAAGGUUAUGAUGUCACUAUUGUCCAACGAUCCAGUACUCAUGUUGUGUCAUCCAAGGCCAUCACGGAGAUUGCCCUGAAGGGAAUCUAUUCAGAGGAUGGACCGCCGGUGGACGACGCUGACAUAUUACUUCAUGGCCUACCGACAUCCGUCUUAAAGGCUAUUCAGAUCAAGAUUGCGGAACAACAAGCCGAAUGCGACAAGGAAGUUCUCGCAGGGUUGGAUAGAGCUGGAUUCAAGGUAGACCGUGGCCCCGAUGGCGCCGGCCUCUUCUUCAAAUACUUCCAGCGUGGUGGUGGCUAUUAUAUCGACGUCGGGGCAUCUCAGCUCAUUGCGGACGGCAAGAUCAAAGUCAAGCAAGGGCAAGAAAUUGACCAAGUACUUCCACGCGGGCUUCGAUUUGAAGAUGGCACCGAAUUGGAAGCCGAUGAGAUCGUUUUCGCCACGCGUUGGUGAUGUUUGGG